CACAGAGCUUUUCACUGCACAAAAGGAGUGGGAAGAAAUGUUACAUGCUAGCUGCCAGGGACCUCGCAAUUACAUGGGGUGAUACUCCUCGUUAUUGGAGUUGGAACUCCGUACCAGAUUCCAGGUUCCCUGAGGUUGCGGAGCUUCUUGCAGUUUGUUGGUUUGAAAUCGAUGGAAUGAUUAGUACUUGCGAGCUUUCUUCAAUGACACAUUAUAAGGCAUACCUUGUGUUUAAGCUGACAGCCACAGUUUAUGGAUUUGGAAAUGAACCUAUAGAAGCUACUCUUCAACUUAGUGGAACUGGAGAUUCACAACGAACUGUGUUUCUGCAUGCAGAAGGUGAAGAUGUACAAAAUGAUCCAAUAGAGAGGGAAGAUGGUUGGUUAGAGCUAGAGUUGGGUGAAUUCUUCAAUCAAGGAGGUCAAGAUGGCAAAUUGGAAAUACGGAUUUUCCGUUUCAAUGGUCGCUGGAAGGGCGGUGUCAUUAUUGAAGGCAUCGAAAUCAGGCCAAAUUAGCAGGACAUGACAAUAUAUUCUUCCACUCUUUGUAUUUUGCGUGGUAAAACAUUGCUUCUCGUGUUAAAUUGCGAUUAUCAUGCACUAGUCUUCAUAAAUAUUUGAGUUCUACUGUUAUCUAGACGCGGUCUAUAAAAUCUUUAUUUAAAC